CUGAAACGCCACAGCUGCAGUGAAAAUGUGUGCGAGUUUAAGACUUAAAGCAUGGCAAGGAUAACAAAACUGAUGAUCGCGACACAACGGCUGGUGGUCACGUCACUGCGGAUGAUGUUAUAGAGGACGCCGAGGCAUUCUGGGAACCGACUAAGAGGACACUGGCCCGAGCGAGGUGCUUUUGAGACUUUCCGGUGUCCCUGCGCUUGUCCCAUUUUCCGAAGUGUCGGCGCACAGUGCGGCUUAGGACCAGAUCCUCGCCCCCCGUGGUGCUAAACAUGUGGCCGUGCGGGAGGUGGCUCCGAGGCUGCCCCCUCGUCCUGCUCCUCCUCCUGGUGGUCACCGAGGCCCUGGCCGGACGCCCUCCGCCGCACGCCUUCCAGACCUUCGGCCCUCCCGAGGGAGGUCUCACGCACCUGGUGGUCCACAACAAGACGGGCGAGGUGUACGUGGGAGCGGUCAACUGGAUCUACAAGCUCUCCAGCAACCUGACCCAGCUGCGCAACCACAUGACCGGCCCCGUGGUGGACAACGAGAAGUGCUACCCGCCGCCGGGAGUCCAGUCGUGCCCGCACGAGCUGGUGCAGACCAACAACGUCAACAAGCUGCUGCUGCUGGACUACGGGCAGAACCGGCUGAUCGCCUGUGGCAGCACCUCGCAGGGCAUCUGCCAGUUCCUGCGGCUGGACGACCUCUUCAAGCUGGGCGAGCCGCACCACCGCAAGGAGCACUACCUCUCCAGCGUCUCCGAGUCCGGCACCAUGUCCGGCGUGGUCAUCAACGGCUACGAGGGCGGCGGCAGCACGGGCAAGCUGUUCGUGGGCACGCCCAUCGAGGGCAAGUCCGAGUACUUCCCCACGCUCUCCAGCCGCAAGCUGAUGGCCAACGAGGAGAACGCCGACAUGUUCAGCUUCGUCUACCAGGACGAGUUUGUCUCCUCGCAGCUCAAGAUCCCCUCGGACACGCUGUCCAAGUUCCCCACGUUCGACAUCUACUACGUCUACAGCUUCAGCAGCGAGCAGUUCAUCUACUAUCUCACGCUCCAGCUGGACACGCAGCUGACCUCGCCGGACGCCAGCGGCGAGCAGUUCUUCACCUCCAAGAUCGUGCGGCUCUGCGUGGACGACCCCAAGUUCUACUCGUACAUCGAGUUCCCCAUCGGCUGCACCAAGGACGGCGUGGAGUACCGCCUGGUGCAGGACGCCUAUCUCAGCCGGCCGGGGACCCGGCUGGCGCGCUCGCUGGGGAUUUCCGAGCGGGAGGAGGUGCUCUUCACGGUCUUCGCACAGGGCCAGAAGAACCGGGCCAAGCCACCCAAGGAGUCGGUGCUCUGUCUGUUUACGCUGCGGAAGAUCAAGGAGAAGAUCAAGGAAAGGAUCCAGUCGUGCUACAAGGGAGAGGGGAAGCUGUCUCUGCCCUGGCUGCUCAACAAGGAGCUGGCCUGCAUCAAUUCACCACUUCAAAUAGAUGACAACUUCUGUGGGCAGGACUUCAAUCAGCCCCUGGGUGGAACCAGCACCAUCGAGGGGCUGCCGCUGUUUGUGGACAAGGAGGACGGAAUGACCUCGGUGGCUGCCUACGACUACCGCGGGCACACGGUGGCGUUUGUUGGCACCCGCAGCGGGCACAUUAAGAAGAUCCUGGUGAACUCGGUCAACCAGCCGGCGCUGCUGUACGAGGACAUGGCGGUGAGCGAGGGGAGCCCCAUCCUGCGGGAGCUGCUCUUCAGCCCCAGCCACCAGCACCUCUACGCCCUCACCGGCAAAGAGGUGAGCCGCAUCCCAGUGGAGAGCUGUGAGCAGUACCGUGGCUGCAGUGAGUGCCUGGGCUCGGGGGACCCCCACUGUGGCUGGUGUGUCCUCCACAACGUGUGCUCGAGGAAGGACCGUUGUGAGAGGGCCGAGGAGCCACAGCGCUUCGCCUCCAGGAUAGACCAGUGCGUGCGGCUCAGCGUGCAGCCCAGCAACAUCUCAGUCACCAUGUCAGAAGUAGAGCUGAUCCUGCAGCCCCAGAACGUGCCCAACCUGGCGGCGGGGGUCAACUGCUCGUUCGAGGACUACGUGGAGACGGAGGGCUACCUCCUGGGCUCGCGCAUCGUCUGCCGCUCGCCCGCCGCUCGAGACGUGGCCCCCAUCACACGCAACACGCCAGACAAGCGGGUGAUCAAGCUCCAUCUGAAGUCCAAAGAGACGGGCAAGAAGUUUGCCAGCGUGGACUUUGUCUUCUACAACUGUAGUGUCCACCAGUCGUGUCUUUCGUGUGUGAAUGGCUCCUUCCCCUGCCACUGGUGCAAGUACCGGCACAUGUGCACUCACAACGCCAAUGACUGCUCCUUCCAGGAGGGCCGGGUGAACAUGUCUGAGGAGUGUCCUCAGAUCCUGCCCUCCACUCAGAUCUACAUUCCGGUGGGGGUGAUGAAGCCCAUCACGCUGCUGGCCCGGAACCUUCCGCAGCCGCAGUCGGGCCAGCGCAACUACGAGUGCAUCUUCCACAUCCAGGGCUCGGUGUACAGCGUCACGGCCCUGCGCUUCAACAGCACCAGCAUCCAGUGCCAGAAGACCACGUAUGACUACGAAGGAAAUGACAUCAGCGACUUACCUGUCGACCUCUCUGUGGUAUGGAACGGCAACUUUGUUAUCGACAACCCCUACAACAUACAAGCUCACCUGUACAAGUGCUACGCGCUGCGCGACAGCUGCGGGAUGUGUCUGAAGGCGGACCCGCGCUUCGAGUGCGGCUGGUGCGUGCAGGAGAGGAAGUGCUCGCUGCGGCAGGAGUGCGCUCCGCCCGAUAGCGGCUGGAUGCACGCCAACGCCGCCGGCAACAGCCGAUGCACCCACCCCAAAAUCACCAAGGUGUUUCCAGAAACAGGCCCCAAACAGGGGGGCACGCGCCUCACCAUCAUCGGGGAGAACCUGGGCCUCCAGUUCCAGGACAUCCGGGCGGGCGUGCGCCUGGGGCCCGUGCCCUGCGUCCCCAUCGAGGAGGAGUACGUCAGCGCCGAGAGGAUCGUCUGCAUGCUGGGUGAUGCCACUGGCUACCCCUCCCAACAGACCACCAACCUGGAGGUGUGUGUGAAAGAGUGCCAGCCAGAGUACCGCGCCCUCAAGCCCCGGGCCUUCACCUUUGUGUCUCCCUUCUUCACGCGCGUGGUGCCGGCCCAGGGGCCCAUCUCAGGGGGCACCAGGAUCACCAUCGAGGGCAGCCACCUCAACGCCGGCAGCUCCGUGUCCAUCAGCAUCGGACGCCAGCCCUGCCUCUUCAAGAAGAGAACCUCCAAAGAGAUCGUGUGCAUGACCCCGGCCGGGCUGGCCCCUGGCAGCGUGCCCGUCAUGGUGGACAUCGACUCGGCCGACCUGCGCAACCCCGAGGUGCGCUUCAACUACACCGAGGACCCCACCAUCCUCCGCAUCGAGCCCGACUGGAGCAUCGCCAGUGGAGGAACCCCCUUGAUUGUCAGCGGCACCAACCUGGCCACUAUCCGAGAGCCCAAGAUCCGGGCCAAGUACGGCUCAGCCGAGUCCUUCCACAACUGCACGGUGUUCAACAACUCGGUGAUGGUGUGUCUGGCUCCCUCGGUGGCCGACUCGGAGCGCGGCUUCCCGGAGACGGGCAGCGGUCCGGACGAGAUCGGCUUCUACAUGGACAACGUGCACGCGCUGGUGGUGGUGAACGAGAGCUUCAGCUACUACCCGGAUCCCGUCUUUGAGCCGCUGAGCCCCACCGGCAUCCUGGAGCUCAAGCCCACCUCGCCCCUCAUCCUCAAGGGUCGUAACCUGGUCCCGGCGGCGCCGGGGAACCCGCGGCUCAACUACACGGUGUUCAUCGGCGAGACGCCGUGCGUGCUGACCCACUCCGAGAGCCAGCUGCUGUGCGAGUGGCCCAACCUGACCGGCCAGCACAAAGUCACGAUCCGGGCCGGAGGUUUCGAGUUCUCGCCGGGCACGCUGCAGAUCUACUCGGACAGCCUGCUCACGCUGCCGGCCAUCAUCGGCAUCGGCGGCGGCGGCGGCCUGCUGAUGCUGGUCAUCAUCGCCGUGCUCAUCGCCUACAAGCGCAAGUCGCGCGACGCCGACCGCACCCUCAAGCGCCUGCAGCUGCAGAUGGACAACCUGGAGUCGCGCGUGGCCCUCGAGUGCAAGGAAGCGUUUGCCGAGCUGCAGACGGACAUCCACGAGCUGACCCAGGAGCUGGACGGCGCGGGCAUCCCCUUCCUGGACUACCGCACCUACGCCAUGAGGGUGCUGUUCCCGGGCAUCGAGGACCACCCUGUGCUGAAGGAGAUGGAGGUGCAGGCCAACGUGGAGAAGGCCCUGACGCUGUUCGGCCAGCUGCUGACCAAGAAGCACUUCCUGCUGAGCUUCAUCCGCACGCUGGAGGCGCAGCGCUCCUUCUCCAUGCGCGACCGCGGCAACGUGGCCUCGCUCAUCAUGACGGCGCUGCAGGGCGAGAUGGAGUACGCCACCGGCGUCCUCAAGCAGCUGCUCUCCGACCUCAUCGACAAGAACCUGGAGAGCAAGAACCACCCCAAGCUGCUGCUGCGCAGGACGGAGUCUGUUGCCGAGAAAAUGCUCACCAACUGGUUCACCUUUCUGCUGUACAAGUUCCUGAAGGAGUGUGCUGGGGAGCCUCUCUUCAUGCUGUACUGUGCCAUGAAGCAGCAGAUGGAGAAGGGCCCCAUAGACGCCAUCACGGGCGAGGCACGCUACUCCCUGAGCGAGGACAAGCUCAUCCGCCAGCAGAUCGACUACAAGACCCUGACUCUCCAUUGUGUGAACCCGGAGAACGAGAACGCCCCCGAGGUGAUGGUCAAGUGCCUGAACUGUGACACCAUCACCCAGGUGAAGGAGAAGCUCCUGGACGCCGUCUACAAGGGCAGCCCCUACUCCCAGCGGCCCAAGGCUGGGGACAUGGACCUCGAGUGGCGCCAGGGCAGGAUGGCUCGAAUCAUUCUCCAAGACGAGGACGUCACCACGAAGAUCGACAACGACUGGAAACGCUUAAACACCCUCGCUCACUAUCAGGUUACAGACGGGUCAGCCGUUGCCCUCGUGCCAAAGCAGAACUCUGCCUACAACAUCUCCAACUCCUCAACGUUCACUAAAUCUCUCAGCAGAUAUGAGAGCAUGCUGAGGACGGCCAGCAGCCCAGACAGCCUGCGCUCCAGGACGCCCAUGAUCACGCCAGACCUGGAGAGCGGCACCAAGCUGUGGCACCUGGUCAAGAACCACGACCACUCCGACCAGCGGGAGGGGGACCGCGGCAGCAAGAUGGUGUCCGAGAUCUACCUGACCCGCCUGCUGGCCACCAAGGGUACGCUACAGAAGUUUGUGGAUGACCUUUUCGAGACCAUCUUCAGCACAGCGCACCGGGGCAGCGCUCUGCCUCUGGCCAUCAAGUACAUGUUCGACUUCCUGGACGAGCAGGCCGACAAGCACCAGAUCACGGACUCCGACGUCAGACACACCUGGAAGAGCAACUGCUUACCGCUCCGCUUCUGGGUGAACGUCAUCAAGAACCCCCAGUUUGUCUUUGACAUCCACAAGAACAGCAUCACCGACGCCUGUCUGUCAGUGGUGGCGCAGACCUUCAUGGACUCCUGUUCCACCUCCGAGCACAAACUGGGCAAAGACUCGCCCUCCAACAAGCUCCUGUACGCUAAAGACAUCCCCAACUACAAGAACUGGGUGGAGAGGUACUACUCGGACAUCGCCCGCAUGCCCGCCAUCAGCGACCAGGACAUGAGCGCCUACCUGGCGGAGCAGUCUCGGCUGCACCUGAGCCAGUUCAACAGCAUGAGCGCGCUGCACGAGAUCUACUCCUACAUCGUCAAGUACAAAGACGAGAUCUUGUCUGCACUACAGAAGGAUGACCAGGCUCGUCGGCAGAGACUGCGCAGUAAGCUGGAGCAGGUCAUCGACACCAUGGCGCUGGCUAGCUGAGAACCGCUCGGCCAGCAGUGGUGGAACUGGAGAAUGCUCUUAGCCCCCCCCCCCCCCUCCCCCCUUCCAAAAGAAAAAAAAGCUAAAGGACUGCAACAUGGACUGAAGCAGUACACUGGAGACCCACCACAAGCUCCUAGGGUGGGCACCUUUUUUUGCAUCACAUCCCGUUCCCACUUCCAGCAGCCUAAGAACUCCCCCGUGGGAGGGAGCACUCUUAGCGCUGCUCGCUCUACAGGUUCAUUUUGAUUUUGUUUCUAGUUUUUUUUAUAUAUAUAUACAGUAUAUAUAUAUAUAAAAAUAUAUAUCUCAAUCAGUCAUCCGCUGCAGUUGUUCAACUGCUGUGUAGAAGAAGGCGAGGAGGGAUGAAGCCGAGGAGAAUGUCGUUGGACUACAGGGAUCAUGCUUCCAUCGUGUGAAUGGACAUACUGACGGGAGUUCUUCUCCCACGUGGAUGAAUGGAUGGAUGUCACUCCCUUUUAGUGCUUCAUUUUCAAAAAAUGGUUUUAUAUUUUUUGUUUUGUUUUUUGUUUUUAUCAAUCUGCCCACUCUCUCCAGUCUCCUGCCACACGUGUUACUGCUGAAUUUGCACAAUAACAGGAACAAAAGAUGAAAUAUAUAAAUAUAAAUAUAAAUAUAUAUAUAUAUAUAGAUAUAUAGAUAUAUAAAUGCAACUGCAUUUUUUAAAGACAAAAUGAAAAGAAGUUUUCCAUUUUAUCGUAGAGUUCAACAAAAAAAUGGAUUUGAUAUUUCAAUGACUGAAUAAUGAAAAAGAAAAAAAGAAAGGUGUCAUGUGCCAUGUUUUAUUUGAAUGUUGUUUAGUGCAGAACUUUUUUUAGAUUAAAAAAUGUGCUAUUAUUUAACUGUUGACUUGCCCAGUGACUGAGAAGUUGAGUUUGAAAUUUUAUCUACAGUGAUCUACUCAGAUAUCAGCGUUUGGAAGCUUUGUCUUUCAGUGGAUAAUGGCCAAGGUUGGAGUGAGCUAAGAAAUGUAUUUUGGUUUUAUUUGCAUCUUUUUGACCUUCAGUGCUAUUGUGGUUUUAUUGUAAAAUCUCUUCAAAAUGGCUUUAUUUUAUAUUCCAUGGCCAUUUGUUGCAAUGCAAAAAAACUGUGUUCACAUCUGACAACAAUGACAGUAUAAAUGUUGUCUCAAAAUCUGCCAGCUGAGUUCAGCCACCUGAAGGAGAAGCAUCCAUGUUGUUUUGGGGGGCCAUGUACUAGCGUAGCGGCUCCUCUCUCCACUGUGGCUAUCCACAGUGUCAAAUGAAGGAUAUGUCCCUCAGCUGAAGGGAGAACGUGUGGAAGUAUGAAAGGCAUUCAGGUGUAUCUUCAAGGGAGGGAAUCCUAGUUCAGUCACAUGGUGACAUGUAGCAGAUGUGAAUUUAUUUUGUAUUUUUUUUUCUCUCUUCCUCUCCCUUUUUGUUCUCUCUCGCUUCCCAUAUCAAGUCGUCUCCCUCUGAAGAUUUGCCACUCUUUUGAUUUGCUACCCACACCUUCCCCAGCUCCUUCCCAGUGUAAAGAAACACUGUGUUCCUCUAUUGUAGGUGAGGCUGAGGCUUCGCAGUCUCUGGCUGGGCUGUUGAGAGACUUCUGUCAGAACAUUAAUGCUGUAGUUUGGCUUCCUUCUAGAACACAUUGUGGCACAAAAUUGUCAUGAGCCUGUUAAAUUUGCAUUUUUUGCAAGCCCAUGCCGCAUUCCCUCAUACAUGAUGUAGUUUCAGGUCACUCUAUGUCUUGGUUUAUUGAAUAGUUGUCUUGGGUCAGUUUUUGUAAUUUGAACUGUGGUCAGCUAUAUAUUAUUUUCUUAUUCUCUUAAGUGGAUUUGAAAAUGUAUUUUUUUUUCCUCCCCAGUUUUUUUUCAUCAAUGGCAACAAAAUAGAACUUUUGCUUAUAUAAAAAGUCUUUCAUGUGGUACACAUUGAGAGAACGUUAUCUGUUAUUAUUUUGUGAUCUAUUGUGUGAAAAAAAAAAUAGAAAAUGUAAACAUCAGUGAUGUGUAACAAGACAGUGAAAUCUGCUUUGGCAUUGUCAAAGUAUGAAAAAGUGUGUCUUCACCCUUUUUUUAUUCUUCUGAGAUGUUGUACCUUUGUGAAGCUCUCGGUAUUGCUUCAGCUCCCUUUCAAGUCCUGCACCCGUUCCCUUAAAGUCAAACAUGUUCAAACAACAGAAGAAAACUACAUUCCUUUUACCCUUUCCAUUGAGAUUAAAGGAGGAAUAGAGACUUGGUGGGAGGGGGAAGUCUCUGAAAUAUUUAGGUCAGAAAUAUGAUGAAAGAAAUUCCAACUCUCUCAAACUGAAGUUUUUAUCUUUGCCUUUUUUACCUCAGUAUAUCCACCUCUAAACAUCAGAGGUUAGAUGAGGUGGCAGGGAUUCAAUGAAGAAAUUAACCGUUUUUAUUUAUUUGUAUUUAAUUAUACCAUAUACAAUAGUAUAGUCUUUCUCUGAAUAAGUUGGGAGCAGGUCUCCAUACCACAGUAGCCAUACACUUCUUGUUGCAAGCUUUUGUUAUUUUUUCGCUCUUCAGGAACAUCUUUUCUUUUUUUAAUAUCGAGAGAUUCUCUUUGAUAUCCUCCUAGUCUCUGCUCUACUGUGAUAUCAUCUACCUGACAUGAAAUCAAGGGUUCUUCCAAGACCGCUCCUAACAGUGUGCAUGUCUGUCCUACUGUACCUGCAUACGCCAUCUCCUCUCUGACCCCGCUCACAUACAAUAAUGAAAGCAUUCCUCAACAACCCAAUUUCAUCAAAGCAACUCUGCCUUCAUAGAGAAUUCUCCAUGCCGUUCGCCAUCCCCAGUACCAGAGGCAGUGGCUCAGUCACUGUCCCCAUACCCACCAGACUCCUCAAAGCCCAUCACCCCCCCCCCCCCCAACCCAACCCCAACAGUGCUGAAGUUCCUACAUAUACUUGAUAUAAACUUGAAACAGGGUUACUUGUCCAAUAGAAAAAAAGGCUUUACUAGCCUUCCUCAUGAUUGUGGUCUCCAAAUUCAUUUUUUUCCCCAUUCUUCAUCAUCUUCUUUUAUUCUACCAAUAUCCUAUUAUCGCAGUCUCAAGGUACUUGGUAAUUUGUUUUCCAUUCAUGUUAAAGUGAUAUUUUUUAAUCAAUUAAGAUUACCAGUGGGACCUCUCAGUAGUGCUUAAUGGUUUAAAGCGCUAUUAUACACAUCAAUAAGCAUUUACAAGCUGAUUGAGUGCAUUUUGUUUCCACAUUAAUUUCUGAUGGAAAUGUUGAUGGGCUCUGGCUCUCUGCUGCACUGGCUUUGAUGACUGUGAUGGUUAAACAGCUGGAUGUGUUUGAGAUUGCCAAGACACUUCAUGCGCUGUGAUGUUUUUUAGCCUUCCUUUGGUGAAGGUGCAGGAGUGUUCUUUUGUUCCUUCUUUGUUUAUUUGGGAAUGAGCGUAAUCAAUCACAUUUCUAAGACUCAUUCUUGUAAAUGAAGCAAGUGUUAAAAUGUUUUUGAUUUUUUUUUUUUCUGAGUGUGUUGCGUGUUGAUUAAUUAUGCUUUGCCACUAUUGUUUUGUUUUGUCACAUGUCUGAUCAAAUGACAGCUGUGGGAGCUAGAACAAAACAAGACACUUUUUUGUUUUGUUUUGCUCAAUGGUUUGGGUCCACAAAACAAACUAGCGAGACGUGUUUUUAACGGAGAAGCUGUUUCUACAGACAGAGAGCUUUCACUUUGCACAGAGUGCCUUGUCAGCUCCCCCUCCCAUCCUCAAACCUUACAUGACCUCUUACAUUGUCCACAAGCGCCUGCUUGACUACAGCCUAAAUGGUCACUCCACUCCUCUUGCUGUCCUGGCCCCUCUGCUUUGAGUUGGUUUGAUUUUUUAUUUAUUUUUUUUUCCUGCUCAGUCCAAAUAACCCCACUGUUACUUUUAUGUCCUAUCUUACCCCUAUUUUGGCAGAUUGGAAAAAGCUGUACUUUUUAUGAAGAUUAUUACAAAAAAACAAACAAAAAGUAUAGGGACAGACGUGAAAUGUGGACUUAAAGAAGACAAACUAAAGAAUUUUAAUACUUUAUGAAUUCUGAUACAUUUUUAAGAGUUUCAGACUUGAAUCAACUGUGACAGGUUGGCUGUUAAAUGUUCAUUGUGUAAAUAUUCUGCUCUUUCCUAUUUUGCAGAUUUAUUACUUGUAAAUAAACACAUGCAUCAAGGAGAGAUUAAACAUUUUUGCUAAAA